AUGGACUUUGAUACAGACUUGCAGCAUCUUUUUGAUGCCAUUGCUGAGUCUCAUGAAAUUGGCAGCGGCCCAUAUCGCCAUGCCGCAGAUCACCAGCCUACUGCCCCCGUCCCUUCUCCCUUGACCAUGCUCGCAUCAACCAACAACGACACUGUUGCUCAGCUGCCGAUCGGGAUGCAGGACAUGUCGGGUGAUGCCCAUCGCGGGCCUCCAUCCGCUGCCCUCACCUUCUCGGCGACGCCCCGGUCCGAUAUCUCUGCCGAUAUCUCUGCGGCUGCCAGUUCGGCAUGCUGGGAAACUCAAACGUGGGUCUCGACACAGCCAUCAUCAUCAUCACCACAAAGAGUCGUAGAUACUUCCGACCCAUCUCCAAGCACCAACGUGUCCAGAGACUUCCAGUGGAUCCAAGAGUCACCAGCCACCGCUCGCCAUGAUGGUCCAAAUACAGAAAAGGUGGAGCGCAGGAAAGCUGCCAAAAGGAAGAGGCGGGCCACAGAGCAUCGCAAAACCGACGACGAGAUUCCGACAUCGAGGCAGCUUCUUGUUUCAGAUUCCGCCGGCCGAGCCCAAGGUUCAUUUCAUACCCUAGGUCGACGGCAGCAACCUCGUGCGCCUUUCAAAUCCGCAGAGAAGCGAAAGGAAACAGCCUUGACACGCACUUCCGGCGCAUGCAUGCGUUGUCGAUACCUCAAAGUCCGCUGUCAAUGGAGUCCCGGCCUCUUCGCGCCUUGCCAAGGCUGUGCCAAGGUCAGCGUCUCAGUCGUACUGAUGCCAUGUUUCCGUUCCAAGAUUGUAGACGCGGUUGUAUUUCGAAAGAGUGCCUCGGUCGGGCAUCCCCUGGAAUUCAAAUCAAGCGGCUUGGGAUUGAGCAAACUGUAUAGGAGAGGCGACGUUGGAGAUGCGGGCGCAGUCAUUGUUGAACUGACCCAGGAUAUCGGACACGUUCUGACAGUGGCCGUGUCUCCAUUUGUGCCAACCGCCACCGACAAGACAGGGUACACAUGGACAGACCAUGGUGGCUCGCAUACAAUGGAGAUGCCGUGUUACCAACUGAUGGACCAGGCAGAGACCUUGGCUUCUAUUCAAGAGUACAUAAAGAAACAUGGUUGGUGCUAUUUCAACACCAUCGACAGCUCGUGCCCGAUGCUGUGGGACACAUUCCAGCUAGCCUUGCAAUGCGCUGCCGGAGGAGAGAAGCCGCUCGUACAGCAAGCCCUGAACCUGUGGGCUGGGUGCCGGAUGAUUGAGAGGCUAUGGCGUAUCUGUGGCGACGAGACGCUUGGGAUGGGACCAGUUUGGGAACGUUCCAACCCCUGGCAUGGCAUCAUUCCCAUUACGCCCAUCAUGGAUCACCAACUCGACCGACUCAUUACCCACACGUUCCUCCUGCCUCUCAAGUCAAAGCUUCUAAGCGACCUUCACAAGAUGAUUUACGAGGGUAACAAAAGCAGCUGGUUUCAGAUCUACUUGACCGUCUUCAUUCUCCUUCACAAUACUGAGAGACUGUUGGCUCAUUCUAGAAAGACGGCAAAACGUUAUGGCAUCGGAAGGCGAUACUUCUCGUUUACGCAAUCCGAGUCGUAUUUUCAUGCCGCCAAGACGUUUCUAGCUCACUUCCACUUUGCUUCGAGGGGCCAACCGCUCGCUUUGAUUGCUUCGGGUUCCAGAGAAGAAGAGUUGGUCUGCCUAUCCAGAUCCGAAGUAGAUUAUCUUCAAAGAAUGGUCACCGAGGCCGGCCAGCGUGAGGCAAGGUUGCGCCAGAUCAGGGUGGCUUCCAGAUACGAAACAAAUCUUUUCUGGUGCCAUCAGAUGUUUUUGGAAGGAUGGGAACCCACCGAGAAACACAUCGUUGACGACGACGCUGACGAUGUAGAAGACACUCGGGAUCUAGGGUACGAGUGA